UGCGCACCGACUUCGUCGUUGUUGCCGUCGUCUUUGUCGUCUGAGCUCGCCGUCUCCUCGUUAUAUCUACUGACUCGAGCAUAGCCUCUGCUGCACAGGUCAACGGUAAUCGAUAGGAAGGCCCACGGACCUAGACUCGCUUUGACUCGAACGGAGGGCCUGCGGCAGGCCGCAUUGUCAUUGCGCAACACAAGCUUUGGAUCACGGAGUAUCGGAGCCUUUCUGUGCCUCAGAGGUAGCCUGUUGGCGAGCUUGGGAUGAAUCCAACUGUCCAGGGAAGGCCGCCUGAAGAUGAAGUCGGGACUGCGCGGUUCACCGUCCAAAGCUCGGAUGUCCUGGCGGACAUGCGAAUGAACAUCACAGAGGAGGGAUCCGAGAGGGUGAUUUGGUACAAGGCAAGUAUCUCCAUCACUCCGUGGCAAGCAAUGAUCGGCUCAGCAGGCUGUGUGAAGGAAAGAUUCCUCGCUGAUGAUGAAAUUGUAGAACACUUCGUGGAGAAUGGAACAUCCACAAUUUUGUGGACCAUUCAUCGUCCCAAACGGGGCUGGUACAUCCGGUUGCGGACACCAUCCUUUCCUCCGGAUGUCUUUAUACCGCUUCUACCGCUGCCGCAGACCUCGCCGUACUACCUGGACUCUGCGCUGACGUUUGCAUGCCGGAACCCCCCACCCUUCUCCCUCACUAUAUCGCCCACUCCGAAUCGUCAGCGCAAAGAUUCAAACGAGACUUCUGAGAAAACAUCAGAAACGGAGGAAGACAUAGCCACUCAUGAAUAUCCUCCGACUCCUCCACCGCUUGCCCCGAGCGUUGUCGUUCACCCACCGUCCCCGCGCAUGACACAGCCAAAGCUUGGUAACUAUGACUUCAAAGCUCCGCCAGGCCGUCACGCAACUUCGUCACCUCCUGCAAAGCCCCCCAUCACGCACUUCGUCCUCUCGCCUCAAUCAAGGGUCACUCCUCAGCAGGCGGAAAGAAGUUCGCUGUUCACGCGGAUGUUCUCCGCCUUGAAGACCAAUGCUCCCGCGCAUUCGUACAGCUUCACCCUGUCACCCAUUCCGGAUCCGUGGGCGCCAUCAUCACCAUCUACACCAGGGCGACACCGCGAUGCGGUGCCGGCGACGCCCGUCCCACUGCUCACCUUCUCUGACCAAACACCGGUGUGGACUGUCAACUCGGUGUCCGGCGUCAUAGAAAUUGACAUGAAGCUCGUCCGAUCGCUCGGGGUGGAGACUGGCUUCUACUUAGCGGUCGCGUUGACCUACCUCGACUUCGUGUCCGAUAGGGAGAGUUACCUCGCCGCGUUAAAUGACUGAUGAGUGUCGUCCGGACAGAUGGUCAUCACUGGGACUCUUGCGUGAUUUACUGCUUUCGUGCGGAUCGUCGUGCUGGUGAUAUCCAACGGACUUCCUCAUUGCUUUCGGUAAUACUACCUGCUACGUAUUUAUUGUCCAUGCUUGCUGUAAUUGUCUGGAUGCGUCGUGUUCUCCGCGCUACCGUCACCAAACUUCUUUGGAAUGCCCUUCAGUAGGAUAACAUACCGUAAUGCUGUGCGUAUAAGUAGGCGCGGAGCAAGGUGCCGUAAUACUUAACCGAGCGUACUUAACACCAUUCAAUGGAAUAGACGCCCACAGCGAUGUGUGCCCUGCUGAGUCAUUGACGAAUGCGGAAGU